GUCCUCUGGAUUGACGCUUUGAAUCUGUAUCUCCAAUUUUGGGGAUUGUUCCCUGGGGGCGAGGGUGGAGUGGUAUCUUCAAGGGCUUGUUGGAGAAAGACCAGACAGGAGGAGGAAGAUGUGUGGCUUCGGCUUUAAGAAGCUGUCCCUGUCGUUGGGAUUAGUGCUGGUAGUUCUGAGCAAGGUGGCGCCGCAGUCGUGCCCGGCGCAAUGCUCUUGCUCCGGGAGCACAGUAGACUGUCAUGGGCUUGCGCUGCGCAGCGUGCCGAGGAAUAUCCCUCGCAACACCGAGAGGCUGGACUUGAAUGGAAAUAACAUCACGAGAGUCACAAAGACUGAUUUUGCUGGCCUUAGACACCUCAGAGUUCUUCAGCUUAUGGAGAAUAAGAUUAGUACUAUCGAAAGAGGAGCAUUUCAGGACCUUAAGGAACUGGAGAGACUGCGCUUAAACAAAAAUAACCUUCAGCUGUUUCCUGAGUUGCUGUUUCUUGGGACUUCGAAGUUAUACAGGCUAUCAUUUGAAUUGUUAGUACAUUUCAUUAAUACAGUGACAAGUGGAAACUUCUCUGUUCUUUGUGAUAAGAAGACAAUUGGUGUCACAAACUUGGGUCUUCUGGGUGAUGAACAAUAA